GAACUGUCGGUUAUGCGUUCUGAGAUGCGGAGGACUUGUGAAACGAGCGACAGUGCGCAACAAUGACGUCCCGUGGUUACACGAAAUCUUAUACCCGUAAGCUUAACAGUGUAACAGCCGGCAGUAUACAGUUCGACAAGCUCUUUCGCGAGAACAGUAAUCGGCCCUCCGCUGCCAAGUCAGCAGGCACUGUUGGCAAAUGGGGUAUAACGUCCUUCACGUCUAUCAGGAGCACAAAUAUCAAUGGGAGAAGAGAUGAUAUUCAUAACACACUCGGUGCGAAGAAAAUGAAACUCGAUUAUGGGAAUCAGAACGCUCGAGUGAAUUCCAGUAAGGAUCCUUUCUCAUUUGAGACGGAUCCAGAUAACAAGCCGGACACUGCUCUGGCGGUUGUAAAACCUAAGAAGUUCUUCAAAAGCCGAAAUGUUCCGCCUGUGGUAGAAGAAUCUCGCCAAGAUGUAGCAAUCUACAGACAAGUACCUGAUUCGCAAUACAACCGAUCCCGUGUCUCGAAGCAACCCCAGCAGCAACUGCAACCGCUGGUACAGCAGCAGAAGCAGACAGCUUUAAUGAAAGUGUCGCAUGCGCCAGUCAAGAAAAUAGUAGAGAGUUUAGAUAACGCGACCAGCGUGAUCGUUGAUACUCCCCCGAAUCGGGAGGAGAACAAGCCGCCGAUCGUGCUGAGAAUAUGCAAAGGUACUGCGCGGUUUGUCUGUGGAGACCUGCAAGAUACACAGGACAUCUCGGAGCCGGAGACAUACAGGAUCUCCACGUCGCUCGCUAGUCCUUCUAAAGUGGACAUCGAGCGGAAAACGUCUAACACAUCGGAGACAUCGUUGAAGGCAGAUCACUAUAAACCUGUACGUUCGCAUCAACCUAUUAUCUCGACUUUAUCGAUUCCUUUGGAGAAUUCCGAUAUGCGUAGAACUACUCGCAGCCGCGCGAAAAACCUACAUCUGGACCUGACUGCAACGACAUCUGUCGCGGUGUCGACGGCGCCAGCGACGCCAAACUCCCACAGCUCUGGUCUCUCGUUGACGCUGAGGAAAUCCGUCACGGACUCCAACAACACCCUUAUAUCGCACUAUGACAUCGUUAAGACUGACUGCGGCUCUGCGUACUCCAAACCAACCAUCGAGCCGUUGAUCGGACGUGAUCAGCCACUGCCGACCACAACUCAAGAGCUGAUCGAUAUAUUGUCAAGUGAUUCUGACACGAGACUACCGCAGGCACUACCACCGCCACCUGUACCUACGCCAGCACAUACACCAGCAUCUACGCCAGCACCUAUGCCAGCACUUGCACUUGCUACAGCUACAGCAGCAACUGUGACUACAAUUGUAGCUGAUAACAUAGUGGAAGCAGAGGUAACACCGGAGAACAUUGCGAAUCAAGUUCAGCACUGCACUAUAGAUAUCCAAUCUAACGAGAUUGUAUCUGAACAACAUCACCAAGAACAACAACCGCAACAGCAGCCAGCAUCUAUUAUUGACGCACAACUCAUUGAACCUGAGCUAGCAGAAACAACGGCCGAACCCGACUUCGAGUCGGAGCCGGAACCAGCCGUUCCACGUGCGAUCGAUACCGAAAUCGCCGCUGCUAAAGCUCUAGUGGAUCAGGACUGGUUCUCGGGCAGUGACGAUAGUGAAGGUGUUAGUGGGAGCGCCGAGAGUGAGAUACCGCUGCAUGUGACGAGUACAGUUUCAGAAUCGCAAAUACCCAAUGUUCCGUCGACGAGUGUUCCAAUCAGCAAGCCCACUGCUGCGAAGAAAGGCAGUAUUUUCAAGAGUCGUUCGACAGGUGCAACGAACGGAAACAAGAGACGAGCAUUGUAUAAACAUAAAUGGUGCGAUAGCGACAAGGAGUCCACCGUCACAGAUACGCCUGCUGCUGACAAUAGCACACCAACCACCGCGUCCGGUUCUAGUAGUGCUGGCACUUCGGUGUACGAGGAGGAAUUUGAUCCCUCGCAGUUGACGAGAGUUGUGACUUACUCCACGACCGACGUCGGCUUCGAGGACGAAGCUGAUACUAUCACGAGUGUUCGUUGUGGUAAAAAAGUUAAAGGGUUCUAUACUGUAGUGAAAAAUGUAAAAAAAGCUCAUCAGAUACAAGAAAGUGGUGAAUUUCAAGAGUUCAAUGACGAUGUAGAAUAUAUCUUGGACACUUUGAGAGAAAAUAAUCCAAAUGCUACUCGUUGCCUUUCUGCCAUACGGUUAGCAAGUAAAUGUAUGGCUCCUGCAUUUCGUAUGCACGUACGUGCUCAUGGAACUGUUGCCAAGUUUUUUAAAGCUCUUCAUGAUGCAACUAAAGAUCAGAGCCUCGGUCUAUGUACAGCAACGGUGAUGUUUGUCUUGAGUCAAGAUCGUCUAGCUAUGGAUUUGGAUCGUGAUUGUUUGGAGUUAAUGUUAAGUUUAUUAGAGUCUGAUGCCAGCCAUAAGAACGCUCUUGACGAUUGUGGUCUAAGUCAUGCUGAAUUAUUAAAAAAUAAGGAAAAAGUACGUCAGUUAUGCGCUGAUAUCCAAGCUCAAGGGCAUGCUAAGCAUCUAAAUCUAGAUAACAUAACUGUUGGCCAGCUCGCUAUGGAGACACUUUUGAGCCUUACGUCAAAGCGCGCUGGUGAAUGGUUUAAGGAAGAACUACGAGAGUUAGGUGGUUUGGAACAUAUUGUAAAAACAAUUCGCGAAUGCCACCGUCAUAUUAACGGUCAGGAUGUUUUAAGAUCUGGCUGGACAGAUCCUUUAUUAGAUAAAUUACGUAAAGUUGACAGAUGCUUACGCGUAUUAGAAAAUGUAACUCAUAUGAAUGAAGAGAAUCAAGUGUAUUUAUUAAAAUAUGAGGACGGAGUAUUAGUAAGCACAUUAGCUAGUUUAUAUCACUUGUGUGGUCAAGAAAUUCCCAUCUACCCGACAACGGAUCCAAGCGACAAAAGUUCUACUGGUGCUGUUGUUAGAGAAUGCCUUUUCGCGAUUAUUAAAGUUCUUAUUAACCUCACCCAUCGAUUUAAUAGACAGUCUUUUGGUAGCACGUCGGUCGGCUCUGAAGUUGGCGUUUUGGAUUGUAGUUUAUUUCUUUUAUUACGCGUUCCCGAGUCACUUCCAGAGGAGAAGCGGUUUGAUAUGAUGAUGUUGGCAUUAAUUUUAUUGAUAAAUCUAGUAGAGCAAUGUGACGAUAACAAGCAACUUCUCAUUGAAUCGAAAGCUCCCCCGUCACCAGAAGAUAUUUUUGACACAGAAGAAAGCGGAGUAGAAUCCUUGAUCGAUUUAUUUUAUAAGCAAGAAGAACUUGCGCGUGCUGAGGAACAAAAAACUGACGCCAUUUUGGAUGGACAGAAAGAUUCUGAGCAAACAGAAACAGUAUCGACUACUACUAAAUCUCAGGAAGAAUUUAUUGAAGAGACCGUUACCAAAUUAUUGCAAAAAGCUGGACGACAUAUGGAACAUACUUUGAUCGGAGCGUACGUCGUGCUUUUACUUGGAUACUUAAUAAUGGAUAAUAAGGAAUAUGAGUCGCUAGUACGAAGUAGAUUACGAGACAAAAGUUUCACUACCAUGGUUUCUGUACUUCAAAAGUUCUUCAACUUCAUGAAUCUGACGGCAUCGAAUGAAGUGAGUAGUUGCGGAAUAGCUGCUACUGAGAAGGUAAUCAAGUUCCUAAAGAUGUCAGAUGCCAGAAUCGAGGAGGAGACGAACGAGUUACCAUUACCAGCAUUAGAAGACACUAAUAUAAUGCUCGACUUAACUUCAUCUUGAUUGACAUGUCAUGUAUACACUUGACAGCAUUUUUUUUCUCAUCA